AUGAACUUCUUCCACAGUGUCACAGUGCCGGCACGUGUCAAGCCCAUCUCUUCGGCGGGUUGGGCAACCACCGGCCCCGGAUCCAGAGAUCGAUGCGCGGUCAGAGAUGCGGGGGAGAGAUUUGCCACCUUCAGGCCCAUUGUAACUCGGCCCCUCACCAAUCUGAUCCAGACAGAUAAACGAACUCCCAAAAGAAAUGCCAUCUUGGCCUCUCCAUCUUGCCACGAGUUCUCGCAACUGCGGAUCUCCCGAUCAUCCGGUGACCUCAGUCCACCCCAGAAAGUGGAACCUGGGGAAAGCUCUCCGCUGCCGCACGAUGUAUCAGAGGAUGAGAGGUAUCACAAAAUGGUUCAAGGUAUGCUAUGCCCAAUCUUCAUCCAUGACCCUGCCUCAAAAUUUCGGCGGUGGGAAGGAUACACCCAAGGACAUGACCUUCAAGGUCCCAUGCAGAGCUAUUGUCUCAGCGCUUUGACUCUCCAGAGCUAUAUGAAUGGAACUUCAGUGGCUUCCUUUGCCUGUUAUGGCAUCAUUUUGUUGAAGGGCACGUUGCAGUGUCGGCGGGCUAACUCCCCAUAUUCCUUCCUGGGCUGCAAUACCGAAAUUACUCCUCAUGAGCGACGUGUUAUCUUUAAGAGACACCCACAAGAGGGAGCAGAUUAA